AUGCACAUGAUGAAGCUCGUGAGCCGCGUCUCGACCCUCCUGCUGAGCGUCACGCCAGCGUUGGCGAUCUGGCCAGCCCCCACCAGCAUUACCACCGGCAACCAGACCCUCUGGAUCGAACACAACGUCCAGGUCACUUAUAAUGGCGGAAUUGUACGGUGGUCCUCUCUGUCUCACCCUUCUUGCCCUUCUGCUGCGAUCCGUACUAAUGAAGAAUUGUUGGCCCUACAGCUUCCGUGGUACGGUGGAUUUGUGCCUCCGGGAUCAGACUUCCGCAGCCAAGACAUUGUGCAUGGAGGAGUAUGUCGGGCUCUUGACGCCAUAUUGAACCAGAAUUUUGUGCCUUGGAAGUUGUAUGCUCGUAAUGCCGUCAAACAGACAGAGCCGGCGGCCAACAAGGGCAAGACGCUCAUCACGAAGCUGGAGAUUUCGCAGACCGGGAAGGACAACUCCAGCACCUGGAAGCCUGUGGGUGGCAGCGUGGACGAGUCGUACAGCUUGUCUGUGGAUCUCAAGGGUACCGCCAAGAUCGAGGCCGUCUCAGCAGUAGGCGUUCUUAGGGCAUUGGAGUCCUUUGUUCAGCUCUUCUACCAGCACACCAACCGUCAGAUCUACACAACACUGGCGCCAGUCGAAAUCAAAGACGCACCACAGUUCCCACACCGCGGUAUACUGCUUGAUGUCGCAAGAAACUACUACCCCGUUGAGAACAUCCUGAGUAUUCUCGAUGGUAUGGCAUGGAACAAGCUCAACCGGCUGCACAUCCACGUCACAGACUCCCAAGCAUGGCCGUUGGAGAUUCCGGCAAUGCCGGAGGUCUCAGAAAAGGGAGCUUACGCGCCUCAUGCUGUCUACACUCCCCACGAUGUCGCGCUCAUCCAGACAUACGCGGUUCACCGUGGUAUUGAGGUUAUUUUCGAGAUCGAUAUGCCUGGUCACAUUGGUAUUGUUGCCGAGUCUCACCCUGACAUCAUCACCGGAUGGGGUGCUGAGCCCUGGACUACGUACUGUGCCGAGCCUCCGUGUGGGCAGUUCCGGCUCAAUGAAACCAAGGUCGAUACUUUCCUCGACACCCUCAUGGACGAUCUGCUGCCGAGGGUUUCACCCUAUAGCGCUUAUUUCCACACUGGAGGUGACGAGUUCAACUUCCAAGAGUAUCUGCUCGAUCCUUCGGUUGGCACCAACGACACCACCAUCCUCAUACCGCUUCUCCAGAAAUUCACCGACAAGAACCAUGCUCGUGUGAGAAAGGCCGGUCUUGUCCCGCUGGUGUGGGAAGAAAUUCCCAAGGACUACAACAUCACCAUCGAGAAGGAUGUGGUCGUCCAGAGUUGGCUCGGGGGUAGUGCGGUCCAGGAACUUACCAGCGCUGGCCACCAAGUGAUUGACAGCAACUACAACUUCUGGUACCUUGACUGCGGCCGUGGUCAAUUCUUGAACUUUGAAAACGGCCAGCCAUUCGACACGUAUUACCCGUUCAACGACUGGUGCGGCCCGACCAAGAGCUGGCAGCUCAUCUACCAGCACGACCCCCGCGCCAACCUGACCGAGGAGCAGGCCAAGCUGGUGCUGGGCGGCGAGGUGGCCGUGUGGAGCGAGACCAUCGACGAGACCAACGUCGACAGCCUCAUCUGGCCGCGGGCCAGCGCCGCCGGCGAGGUCCUCUGGUCCGGCCGGCUGGACGCGAGCGGCAACAACCGGAGCGCGGUCGAGGCCGCGCCCCGCCUGGCCGACAUCCGGGAGCGCAUGGUUGCGCGGGGCAUCGGCGCCGCGCCGGUGCACAUGACGUUCUGCACCCAGGGCCGGAACGGAAGCACCUGCUCCUGGCCGGUUGGCGUGUGA